CGGGAUGGGAACGGUGGCAUGAGGGAGGCAUCUUAUUAUUGUGUCCGUCGGACCAACCUAAGUACUCGCAGUACUCGCAUCGCAUUGCAUCCGAGUCGCCGCCUUUCCGGGCUCGGCUCUACCGCUCUGCUCUGGGUGAAGAAGGCAAAGAAGGAAAGCGAGUCAGAGAGGGAUGGCGAAGAUGAACGGCUCUUUUCUCUUCGUCCUCUCAGCGGUGGCCUUCUUCCUUCUCGUUCUUUCGGGGGCUGAACCCGUCGACCCUCGACCCCACGAGCUCCGCUCCUUGGAGUUGAUCCAAAAGAAGAAACAGGAGGGAGUGGGAGUGGGGAGCGGGUGUUCGUAUACGGUGAAGAUAAAGACGAGCUGCUCCUCCAGGCGAUUUACCAGGGACAUGAUCAGGCUUGCUUUCGGCGACGCCUACCGCAACGAGGUGUAUGCGCCGAGGCUGGACGAUCCGACGACGGGGACGUUCGAGCGAUGCUCCACGGACACGUUCAAGAUCCAGGGGCCGUGCGGGUACGGGAUCUGCUCCCUGUACCUGCGGCGGGACGGGUGGGAUGGUUGGACGCCGGAGUGGGUUAAGGUGUACGAGCCCCACGCCAGCCGGGCCACCACCUACUACUACGGCGUCCCUCUCCCCAACGCCGUCUGGUAUGGCUUCAACCACUGCCCCCGUUCUGCUGCCGCCGCCUCCGCCCUUUCCCUUUCCUCUUAAUUAACUCCGCCGCCGCUGCUGCCGCCGACCUUGUCGCUCGCCUCCAAGAUUCCUCCUCUUGUCGAUCUUGAGAAACCAAUCAAGCCGUGUAUCCAUCAUGGUAUAUAUGUAUGUAUGCUUGCAUGCAUCCAUGCCUGCAUUAUAACUAGAACUUCUUUCCCUAUAAUAUCCAACACGCAUGCCGGAACUUUUUUUA